AUUUAUUAAGGAUUGCACGGGGAAUAGAGGCAGACUUGGCCCUUGACCUAGGCAUAUUACUUGACCUCAAAUCUUCAGAUGUUGAAGCUAUUAAAACAAGCAACCAACACAAUUCUCGUAACUGGGUAUUCCAUAUAUUAAACAAGUGGAGGCAAGGACAGAGGAGAGAUGCUGACAAAAUAAGAAUCCUUACAGACGCACUCGAAGAGAUCGGAAAAGUGGACCUUGCAAAUAAAGUCAGAGCAGAAAAACAGCAAUCGCUAGAAUCUCGACACCCUACGACCAGCAUACCCUCAUCCAUAGAAUCAUUUACACAGGAACGAUGUGACUUUAUGAAAAUCGGAUACACGUGUACAAUGUUGGGCCAAGAUAUUACGUUUACAAUUCCUAAAAACGAUAUAG